AUGGGUGGCAUCUUCUCUAUCCCUGAUGGUAAGCCCUUGAGGAUUGUAAUGAUUGGAAAGUCUGGCGUCGGAAAGAGCUCUGUCGGCAAUACAAUUGUUGGCAAGAAGGUCUUUUCCACUGCAGCCUGCCCAGAUUCUUUGACCAAACAUUGCGAGACGGAAAGAGUCAAUUGCGAGAGAAAGAUUCAUGUGGUAGAUACGCCUGGCAUCCUCAAUGCCUCUGAAGAUGCGAAAAGUGUCCAAAGAGAGAUUGCAAAAUGUAUUCAAGUGACUUCGCCGGGGCCCCAUGCUUUCCUUCUUGUCAUGGCGGUAGGAAGGUUUAAGGAAGAAGACAAAAACAUCGUGGAAGCGCUUGAAGAAAUUUUUGGCCCAGAGUUAUCCAACUACAUGAUCGUUGUUUUUACUCGGGGAGAUGACCUAAAAGGGAAAAACAUUCACGACUAUCUGAGGAGCCACAAAGGACUUCAGGAGAUAGUAAACAAAUGCAAGGGGCGGGUCCACGUCCUGAACAAUAAGAGAACAUGGAAUAGAGGUCAAGUGGUGGAGCUAAUUAAGAUGAUUGACGAGAUGGUGGUGGAAAACCAGGGCCAACAUUUUUCGGAUGAUAUGUUCAAGAAGGCAGAAGAGAUGAUCCAAAUGCUGAAUCUCGCCAGACGUCUUGAUGGAGAGCAACCCCACAACUUUGGUUUCAUGGACGAGCUAUUGCAAAGAGUAACUCUAUUUCAAGCCAGGGGUGAAAGUGGCUAG